AUGCACAACAAACACCGGGACUCCGCAAUACACAACACACACCAGGCCUCCGCAAUACACAACAAACACCAGGCCUCCGCAAUACAAAACAAACACCAGGCCUCCGCAAUACACAACAAACACCAGGCCUCCGCAAUACACAACAAACACCAGGCCUCCGCAAUACACAACAAACACCGGGCCUCCGCAAUACACAACAAACACCGGGACUCCGCAAUACACAACAAACACCGGGACUCCGCAAUACACAACAAACACCGGGACUCCGCAAUACACAACAAACACCAGGCCUCCGCAAUACACAACAAACACCGGGACUCCGCAAUACACAACACACACCAGGCCUCCGCAAUACACAACACACACCAGGCCUCCGCAAUACACAACAAACACAAGGCCUCCGCAAUACACAACAAAAAAAAACAACUAUUCAUGAAAUAA